AUGGAAAAUAAAAAGUUCAUAACAAGAGUUUAUUCCUGGGGGGCGGGUGAUGCUGGCCAACUUGGGACAGAGACAGAGGAGGGAAUGAGUACUAAGCCUAUUGAAAUAACCUACUUUAGCAAUAAGAGAAUAGUAGAGGUAGUUUGUGGGGGAAUGCAUUCUCUAGCCCUGUCAAUUGAUGGUUCCGUCUAUUCAUGGGGGUGCAAUGACGAAGGUGUACUAGGAAGGUGCGGCAAUGAAGAAGAGCCCAGCAAAAUAGUGUUUCCUAACAAUGUUAAAAUUAAAAAAGUUGUGGCUGGUGACUCAAUAUCAGCUGCUGUCGACGAGAAUGAUGAGCUUUGGACAUGGGGUCUGUUCAGAGGUCCUGGUGGAGUGAUUGGGCACUCUAUCAACAAAGAUGAGUCCGUGUGCAAAAUGGCGAAAGCUCCACUGAAGAUGGAUGGGAUCAAGGUGGCGCAGGUGCAGGCAGGGUGCAACCAUCUAGCUGUAAUUGAUACAAAGGGCAAGCUAUACACAUGGGGAGAUGGCGAGAAUGGAAAGCUAGGGCGAGUAAUCAGUAAAAGGGGGAAGAGCACUGGAUGCUUGCUUCCAAGAGUUUCUAUGGCAUCUGCAAGCUCUGCAGUGACAGGAGCCUACCACUCAUUUGCAGUUAAGCGAAUGAAUUCCAAGGGCGAGAAGAGCAGCACGCUUGCCAAGCAGUGCCUGUACACAGAGGGAAAGUUUUUCAAGGACACUGCGGGAAAUGAAAUGUACAUGUAUGAUCAGAUGAAAGGCGAUCUGUCACCAGAACAGGCAGAGGAAGCCCGUAAGAGAAAGAUGCCAACCAGUGCCAAGUACAAAUACAUCCGCAUUACGCCUAGUACGAAAAUGCCUAUGGCUGUUCUAUACCCGCCUAAGGGAAUGACUGUCUACUGCACACCGUCUGGUGAGCUGACUCUUGAUCCAUCCCGUGGAAAAAAGAUUGCCUUGCCCACAACGCGUCUACUUGUUGAUGGAGUGACACCUGUAGCAGAGAGUUCUGCAGAAAAGGAGGUCAAGCCAGUUACCAAAGGUCUCAGAGUGCUUGAAGAGGAAGAGGAGAAGCACGAGGUCACUGAGGAUGACAUUGCCUUGUAUGCGGAGUAUCUUAAUGUUUCGCCUGGCGAUAAACCAAAGAAGGUUAUUGUGGUAAACAGCAAUGGCGAGGAAAAAGAGGUUCUUGUGUCGUCGAAGAAAGAUAAGAACGCUUCCAGUGCAAAAAAGCCUCGAAGCAAGAUGGCUGAGGAACUGAUCAAAAAGGCAAAGAUGGCAAGUAUGAAAGAGAAGGAGCGGCAGUCCGGUAGUUCAGAGGAGGAGAGCAGUGAGGAAGCAUGCAGCAAGCAGCUUGCAAAGGAUGAAGAGGCUAAAAAUGCUGAGAACGCACCUAACACCCACUCUGAUAAAGGAAAAGAGAAGAAAGCAGAAGGUUCUAUCGACAAAUGCGCCGAAACAAAGUCCAAAGAAAUUAGCAAGAAAAAGUCUGCAGAUAGCAAAGAUGCUUCAGAAAGCACAGCAGAUCCUGGUCCGAAUAAGUCUGAUGGCAUGAAAGAUACUCUAGAACCUGGUGAAAGCGAAACAAAGGGAGGUGGUAAAGUAGCCACUGCUUCUGGGGCUGAUUCAAUCAAAGUAGAUAGUACAGCAGAUGCAAACACCAGUGGAAAGAGUUCCAGAAAUAAAGCCAAGGACGAACAUCCACCAGGACAUAAGCGGAAAAUGAAGACUCCAGGCAGAGACGAAGAUGGUAUGAGCAACAAAAAGAGGAUGGAAAAACGGCGGAGGGUUAAAAAAGCUUCUUUGCAUGUUAAGCCUGAUAAAUCCAAAGAAUCUAAGGAAUCUGAAACGUGUAUUCUUUUAAAUGAAGUGCAGAGAAUGGUUUUGUUUGAUCGGCGGAGAAAGGACAUGUCAGAUAGAGAAGAGUGCAAAAAGAUAAAGCUUUCUGCCUCAGGGGUAAAUAACUACGGACAGGCACCAAAUGCAAAUGAAAAUGGCACAUGGGGCCCGUGGGUAGACUACUCGCAAACUCCCGAAGGCGGUCCGGAGACCUUCAGAAAGGGUAUGGGAGGCGAGCACAGCACGCACAUACUCGAUGCUAACGGCACUCUUUGGGCAGUUGGAAGAAACACUUUUGGCCAGCUUGGUGUAGGCGACAACCUCAACAAAACAGAGUUUACUAAGUGCGCCAUAUCCAAUGUGGAUGACUUCGCAAUCACUGCAUCGCAUGGAAUAGCAAUAUCUCAUGGAAAGGCAUAUAGCUGGGGAUUCGGAGAAGAAGGCCAGCUUGGAUACGAAAUGGAUACACAACUCUCGCCAAAACAGGUGGUUUUUGAUAAUGAGAUAGUCAUUAGCGUUGGUGCAGGUGGACAGCACUCAGCCAUUGUUACUGCUGUGGAUGUAACAGAAGAUAAAGAAAUAAGCAGCAAUGAUGUGAUAUUUAGCAUAAGCAACUACUCUGCUAACUAA